GUUUUCAGUUGACAAUCCCGCGAACGUUCGAGUUCUUGUGUUAUCUGUAUUUAGAAAACUUUUCGCGCGCUACCAUUCAAAUAUGGAUGCAACAUAGUUGCGAAUUGCAGAGCUUGUGAAAAUGAACUGUAAAGUGAAAUUGAAAAUGAUAGAACAGUGAGUUAUUAGUAAUGGCGUGUAAAAGACUGAUCUUCGUUUGGGCGGUCUGGCUCGCGUUGCCCCUGGCAACGGGCCAUCUCAACGUGCUUAUCAGUCAAGCUGAAGUUAUGAAACUUUUAGGCCUAGAUGCAGAACUAUACUACGUGAGGGAAGGGGUUGUUAACAACUACGCUACAAGCUUCGUAGUGCCUGUACCGGCGCAUAUUGCAGAUUUGGAGUUCAUGUGGCAGGCUUUAGGAAGAAAACCGCUGCCAUACAUGAUGGCUAUAGACUAUGACGUCAGAGCGGCAAGGAGCGCCAUGCUGCCGCCGCAAGUUAAUAUCUCCGAGAGAGGCUUCGUGCCGACCACGUUGCAGACUUUUAGAGUGCGCCUCCCCUGCACGGGAGUGGUAAGCGAAGAGAUUCUUGUCACAAUACAAUUGAAUAUCUCUUCCGCGGAUCGCGCGAAUAAAGACGUUCGAUUGUUAUUCAAGAGGAAUAAAAUCUGCUUAGCUGGCGUAUCCACAAUAGUAACUCGCAACGAGACAGCCCGCCUCGCGGGUGACGCCACCCGCAACACCGGCGGCGUGCUGUUCGCGGCGGGGGGCUGUGCGGCAGCCGCGUUGGCUCUACUGGCCGGCGCGGCGGCAGUGGGCACGCUGUACAAGCGGGGGAAUAAAGCGAGGCACCAUGAUUCUAUACAUAGUACAUCCUACACGACGGCGGCCUACGGCAGUCACCAGAAUGUCCUACUACGACUUGAUACUCUCGGCCGCCCGCCCAGUUCCACUGGCUCUUAUGCUACGAUAGCCAGCCUGCAUAAGUUUCCUUUCGGCAGUAGACGAUCCCCAUCGCCAUACGCGACGACCCACAUCGGAGAGCACGUGUACGCUAAACCGGAGUCCAGGGUUUCAUACUAUGCGGCUUCUAACUUGACGCAUGUAUCACAGCAAACAAUCACAAAGGACCGAGUGACGGACCCUGCGGAACAACUGCGCCUGCUCACAUCACCACGCUGCAACAUUCGCUUGGAAAUACUCGUCCAUGAAGGGACAUUUGGAAGAAUAUAUAAGGGCGUGUUCAAACGGGGCGAUACGUAUGAAGAAGUGCUUGUUAAGACUGUGUCAGACGCGGCAUCAGCAAUGCAAGCUGCAUUACUAGUAGCAGAGGGAUUACGAUUCUUCGGUUUGGUUCACAACAAUGUUCUAUCUCCAAUGGCCGCCUGUGCGGAAGAAGCCAGGAAACCGUUACUAGUGUAUUGCUGUGUAUCGCACUCUUCUAAUCUUAAGAGAUACCUCACGUCGUGCCGCGUGGGCCAGCAAGACGCGCCCGCCACCCGCGAGCUGGUGGAGCUCGGCGCGCAGAUCGCGUGCGGGCUCGCUUACUUGCACUUGCAUAGGAUCGUACAUGCAGAUGUAGCUGCUAGGAAUUGCGUAGUGGACGAGAAGUUAAGACUGAAACUGACAGACACUGGUCUAUCCCGGGACCUGUUCCCGGACGACUACCACUGCCUCGGCGACAAUGAGAACCGACCCGUCAAGUGGAUGGCGCCCGAGUCACUGCUGCACAACCAGUAUACUACUGCGUCUGAUGUGUGGUCUCUCGGGGUAACUCUCUGGGAGCUAUUUACGCUGGGCGCGGGCCCGCUGUGCGAGCUGGACGCGGGCGACGUGGGCGCGUUCCUGGCGGGCGGCUACCGGCCCGCGCAGCCGCACAACUGUCCCGACGAGCUGUACGGUCUAAUGUGCUGGUGUUGGACAAUGGCGGCCGCCGCUCGUCCUCUCGCGCCACAACUCCUCGCCGCCCUUCAUGACUUUAGACAAGCGCUUAGCACUUAUAUUUAAUUUAGCUUUUCUACCAAAAUUAAUUAGGUAUCUGAAUAUACAGAUUUUUGAAGUUAUACCUUCUUUUGGC